AUGACUACUCCGACAAACGAAGCGUCACGGAGAGGCAUGAAAGGACAUGUCACUCGCUGGAUCAAUAACAUCCAGCAGUACGACAACGUACAGAUGGAUCGCACAAUCCUCAACCUAGUGCUGGGAGCUGAAUCCAACUUACGCAACAUGUACAGCAAAUACAAGCGACUCUCAGAGGGGGUCGCCAGAGACAUGGAGCAAGCAGGAGCGACCCAAGAACAAUUUCAAGCGGAAAUCGACAGCCAAAUCCAAGUUGAAGAGGAUGUCGGUGACGCACUCAUGAUCGCAAAACGGAAAAGAGAAGAAUUCAAAGAAAUGCAAGACGCUGAAGAAAGAAAACGGCAUGAUCAGACGCUACAGCUCAUGCUCCAGACGCAACAAGCAGCAGCGGAUGCCACCAGGGCCCAGGAAAAAGCCGAUCAAGAUGCAGCCAGGGCCCAGGAAAAGGCCGAUCAAGACGCUGCCAGGGCCCAAGAAAAAAUCGACGAAGACGCUGCAAGAGCACAAGAAAGAGCAAUCCGGCAACAAGAAAAUCUAGAUCAACAGGACUUGUUCCGGCAACUGAUUGCUGCCAUUCCGGCAGCAGCUGCACCAGGAGCGCCGGCAGCCGCAGCCGCAGUUGCGUCAACUAAACUGCCAAAACGUCAAAUCAAGCCGUUCAAAGGGGACGUGCUCGAAUGGACAGCCUUCUGGGAAGGUUACAACGCAGCCGUCCACGAAUCGGCCAUUCCGGCGGUUCAAAAAUUUGGAUACCUUAAAGAUUACUUGAAAGGCGAAGCACAACUGUGCGUGGAGAACCUGGAGCUGACAGACGCCAACUACACCGUCGCAAUCACCCUCCUGAAGGCAAGAUAUGGCAAAACGGACGUCCUAAUCGAGGCCCACACACAGAAAUUGGACACGCUGCAACCAGCAAAAGACGUAGCUGAUACCGCAGCACUCAGGUGCUUCCAGCUGACUAUCCAGUCACACAUCAAUGCGUUGGAGACACUGGGAGUAGCAAGAGCCAGCCAUGGGUGUCUCCUUGGAUCAAGAAUUUUGCGCUCGAUCCCACUCAAACUCCAAGCAGAGUGGGCCAAAUCAGCAACGAACAAGGUAACUGACAUUGAUCAAGUACUAAAUUUUAUCGAAGAGCAAGUUGAAGUCGCAGAGCGACUCAGCCGUCUGAGAGCUUCAACACAAAAGCCAGCCCAAAAUUCUCAACAGCCGGCCAAAUCAACACCACCUACUACACCGACAGCCUCUCAGCUCGGAGUCAGCAGCAAGCCGACUCCACAAUCAAAACAUUCAAGCAAAACAAGAAGAAAUGGCAGUCCACCACCAAGGAGAGAAGCGACAGCAUCAUCUCCAAGAAAGCCAAUGCUGCCAUGCUUGUUCUGCAAGGAGAUGCAUUGGGCUAUCUAUUGCCCAAUGGAGCUGAAAGAGAAAAAAGCAGUCAUCACAAACGAAAAAAGAUGCUCUAAUUGUUUUGGUCAUCACGAGACCACUGUUUGUUUUAAUCCACACAGGUGCCAACGAUGCCGAGCCAAGCACCACACAUCCUUGUGUGCCGAGAAAGACACCAGAUUCGGAUCCUCAACUAUAAUUCCAAGCAAACCGGUCGCUGGGAGCAGCUCGACAACAGCGUGUGCAAGCUCCUUUGGUGAAGUUAUCCUAAAAACAGCAACCGUUUACAUUACAGGCACGAAUGGAAAACAAAUCCGAGCGAUUCUCUUCCUCGACGAUGGCAGCCAUAGGACAUGGAUUAAAAGGCAGAUUUCGAAAGAACUUCAACUGAAAAUCAUCCAAGUGGAACAGAUCGCGACCAGGGCCUUCCGGCAGACAGAAGCCCCUCCAGCAGAAACUCACAAUGUGGUCGAGAUGACGGUGCGGGGCACCUGGCCAGGAGCCCCAACGGUGCGUAUUGAAGCUCUAGAAGCAACCGACAAAGUUGGAAGCACCGGCCCGUACCAAACCACAGAAUUUGCAAGAAAGCUGUGGCUGGAAAAUGAAAAUUUGGCAGACGACCGAUUCGAACGUGAAGGUGGAGACGAGGACGUUGGAAUUCUUGUUGGAAUGGACCAAAUGUUUAACAUCAUGUUCAACGAACCAGCAACUAUCAGCCCGUGCGGACUCAGAGCCUACACGUCCAAACUUGGGAAAGUCAUCGGCGGUCCAUCGCAAGAAAAAUCAUCGAAACAAAAUCAAACAAUUGUCAGUCAACUUCUAAUCAAUUCAAAUCGCUCUCUACCACAGAUCACUUCACAGCCAUCGAAAUCCAUCCAAUCAAACAAGUCGGAAAGCAGGGAGACAGGAAAUUCCAAGAAUUUUGCCAAUCUGAACGACUGUGUUGCUGUGGAGAAGGACGAUCAAUUCCGCUCCUUCUGCAACGAAAUCACACGAUUCGAAGACGGCAGGUAUUGCACGCCAAUCCCGUGGACGACAGACAGAUGGAGACUGGAAAUCAACCACCAGAUGGCAGCUACAAGAUUGAGAAGCAUGCUGUCCAAACUACGCAAAUCUCCAGUCGACUUGGCCAACUACACCAAAGAAAUCAAUCAACUGAUAACAAACGGAUUCGUAGAAGAGGCUGAUUUCAAUUACGAUGGCCUCCACACUUAUCUACCGCAUCAUCCAGUCUACCGGACGGACAAGGCCACAACAAAAAUUUGA